ACCUAGCUUUCCCCCACCUCCGUUCUUUGGGGCAUCAGGCCAGCCACGCGCUCUCUGGUCCCACCCACGUGGCCAGAUGCCAAGGGCAGGGCUCCUGGGUGAGCGCGGUGCGAUGUGGAUCAACUAAAUUGGUUUAAAAAAAGGAAAGGGAAGAAGAAGACGAGGAGGAGGAAAGAAGGUGGGGGGAGAGAGACAGAAGAGGAAACUUCAGGAGCAGGGAGAUCGCCUGCACCCCAGCCAUAUCCUCCCUCACCACUUCCAGCAGCAUUCAGGAGACAGGAUGAGUUUCCUCCUCUUCGCAGUCACUGCUCUCCAUGUCCUCAUCCUCAUCUUACUCUUCGUAGCCACAUUGGACAAGUCUUGGUGGGUUCUGCCUGAUCAGCAAACAGUUAACAUCUGGUAUGACUGCUUGAUGGACAACACCACCAAGGGAUGGGUCUGCCACACAGUUUCUGAAAGUGCGUGGCUGCGUGCAGUCCAGGCCUUCAUGGUUCUAAGCCUUCUCUUCUCCAGCUUCGCCUUCAUUAUCUUCAUGUGGCAGCUCUAUACCAUGAAGCGGGGAAGCCUCUUCUACGCCACUGGAAUAUGCCAGAUACUUACUGCUCUCUCCGUGUUCACAGCUUCCGUGAUCUACACCACCCAAGUGGAUGUCUUCCAGCAGGGGCGAAUGCCGGGGGGCAACUUUGGCUAUUGUUUUGUGCUGGCGUGGCUCUCCUUUCCCUUGGCUCUUAUCAGCGGAAUCAUUUACAUCCACCUUCGGAAAAAGGAGUGACCCUCAGCUAAGAGAUCUCUCUAUUUGCCCUAAAAAGGGGGCCUGUUCUCCUCUGAAUUUAGCUAUGUAUUAACUCUUUGCUGUUUCCGAAGGCCAUCAUGGGCACAAACUACGAUGCGUGGCUUGAUACAUUGGGGUUAUUGCAUUGUGAGGACAUCACCUCUCCUUUGCAUGUUAUCAUGUACUACACAUGAUUCGGCAAGUUAAAGGUGUGUCAUCUUACACAGAGCUUUUCCUUGGCCUCUGAGAUAUUAUCAUGCACUAAGCAUAUGAAUUUUUUGCUGGCAAAAUGAUAUGUCAUGAUUCCAGGGUACAAGCCUAUUCAGGGAAUAUGUCUAGGUUUCCCAGCUAGAAAUGGUUGUUUUAAAAAAAUUAUAUACAUGUGCAAAUAGAAUUACGUUUCCAAAAUGGGGAGUCACACAUCCCCUCUAGGUUUUUUUUUAAAUAAUAAUCUCAGAUGUUUUGAUAUUCUAUAGUGUGGUCAACAAUGUUUUCUUUGUAGAAACCAACCUUUAUUUUAAUGCUUUUUAUUAUUAUUAUUAUUAAAGAAAAACAUGUGGGUUGACUGGUUUAUUUCUAAAAUAUUUCUGUAUUUUCAGAUUUGGCAAAACAGAACCCCAAAUUAAAACUCCAGUUUGCAAAAAAAGAAG